AUGGAGACUGACAGCGAUACCCAGCAGGCCAAAAACAAACAGAUGUUCGAAGACAUUCAGAAUGCAAAGCGCAAGGCUGAAGAGCAGCUGCGUCUCCUGGAAAUGCAGGAAAGAAGCCUUCAGAUGGGGGCCAGCACCCAAGAUCUGGACCGGAUCUCGACCCAUCUGAAUCGCAUCAGUCUCAGCGGUCCAGUCAGCGAGCCAACUACUCCUCCUGAGUACGCUGAAAGUGGUUUCAGCAACCGGUUCUCGCGCUCUAGCCGAUUGUCCACGAACAGCAUUCUUUCUCCUCCUGGUCUCAGCAAGAGAAUGUCUCAAUCUAGCUCUCAAGUCACAUCUCCGCCAGCUAACCGACUAUCUGGUAAUGGCAUGUUCAGCCAAUCUCAAAAACCAUCAGCCAAAUCCGUUCCUGGAUCUCGCAGAGGAUCUGACGAGGACGAGUACUACCCUGAAGAUCUGCCCACUACUCGAGCUGCUGCCUCUCUGAAUCGCUUUUCUAUGCCAGUGAACACUGGUCGCAAUCCACGUCUAAGCGUGAGCGGAACAGGAGGCAAUUCAUUCGGCCUGGCAAACACAACGAGCUUUCUCUUUGAUGAGGACGAGGACAGAUUGAACGCCAUUGACCUCACUUCUCCCAUUGCAAAGGCCUUUGCUCAACUUGAGGGUGACGAUACCUUCCCUACAUUGACCAGUGACGGACUCAAGCUCUCUGCCAACUCUGCUGCUCUGGAUCUGGCAAACUCCAAGACUCCGGACCUUGACUGGACUCUUGGCUCUCGCUACAGACCAGCUCACCAGAGCAUGCCCCACACCGAUUCGUCUAUGUACAGACCUAUUCUCAGUAAUCUGAACAUUAGCAGCCCUCCUGCAGAUCGCCCUGCGGAUCUGACGCGUCGCAAGUCACAGCGCCAUUCCAUGGGCGUCACAUUUGAAGAAGCCUCACCUUUGCCUUCGGCAAAUCCAUCCGUCUCCCGUCCUGCCUCUCUUCAGACGUCUUACUCCACAAACGACGUUCCUACUGUCAAGAAGACUCUGAGCUUGGACAUGGUGCCUACGCCUUCCAAGUCGCAGGCUGAACAGCAAUUCCACAACCACAACGUCAGCCUAGGUCGUAUUCCUGCCAACGCAGUCAGCAACCGUCUCUCCCGAGAAGUCGCUGGCGGCUCCGUGAAGAUGGAAGACAGAUCUAUGACUUCUCCAGCAUCAAACUUGCAUGCGAGCGCAGCUCCAUUCAACGCGAACCUGACCAGUACCUCAGACUCUAACAACAUGAUUGCGGUCGCUAGUCCCACUUCAGCAUAUGCUCCUCCACCCUUCAUGUACAACAUGCAAACUUUCAACAUCAAUCAGAUGAAUCCUCAGACUGCCGUCACUGGAGCUCUUCAAACAUAUGGCCAAGGACAAGGCAUCUAUGGCAUGAACAAUGCUUACAAUGGCACACCUCAACGAACUGGUACUGGUGGUCGUCGCAACCACGGUGACGACGCUCGUUUCAACAAUGUCCCCCUUGAAUCAUAUCGUGGAAACCUGUAUGAGCUCUGCAAAGACCAACACGGCUGUCGCUACCUCCAGCGUAAGCUUGAAGACGGCAAUGACGAGCACAUCCAAGCCAUCUUCGUCGAGACUUGCCCCCACAUCAUUGAGCUGAUGACGGACCCUUUUGGUAACUACCUCUGUCAGAAGCUUUUUGAGCACUGUAAUGAGGAUCAGCGCACCACUCUGAUCAAUACUGCUGCGCCUGCUCUGGCCACAAUCGCGCUUAACCAACACGGAACUCGUGCUCUUCAGAAGAUGAUUGAAUUUGUGCACACCCCAUCACAGGUCGAGACUAUCAUUCAAGCAUUGUCUCCCCGUGUGGUUGAGCUUGUCCAGGACUUGAAUGGCAAUCACGUUGUGCAGAAAUGCCUGACUCGUCUCGGUGCUGAGCGAUCUCAGUUCAUCUACGAUGCAGUUGGCAAUUAUUGUGUCAUUGUUGGCACCCACCGCCAUGGCUGCUGUGUCCUGCAACGAUGCAUCGACCAUGCUCAGGGGUUCCAACGUGCUCAGCUCAUUGCUCGCAUCACUCACUGUGCCUUCGACUUGGUGCAAGAUCCAUUCGGCAACUACGUGGUCCAGUACAUUCUCGAUCUGGACGAGGCUGCUUUCACCAAGCCACUUUGUGAGAACUUCUUCGGCCGUGUUGCAGCCCUUUCCAAGCAAAAGUUCAGUUCCAACGUCAUUGAGAAGUGCCUGCGGACAGCAGACAUGGAUACGAAGAGACAGAUGGUCGAGGAGAUGUUCAUGGGCAAUGAGCUCGAGAAGAUGCUCCGCGAUUCCUUUGCCAACUACGUCAUACAAACUGCCAUGGAAUAUGUAGACCCUGCCACGAAGGCUCGUCUUGUUGACGCAAUCCGACCAAUUCUCCCUAUGAUCAAGCAGACACCCCAUGGUCGAAGAAUCGCCAGCAAGAUUCUUGGUAGCGACACUCCUCCUCGCACCAUUCCAGGUCCGAAUGACAAUAUUUUGGCGAGCUUUGGGGGCGGUCGUGCGAACAGCCGUCGCAACGUUCAGAUUGUCGGCGGCGGAUUCAACGGUCUUCGCACUGCCGACACUUUCGAGAACAAUAUUGCCGGCAAUGGCAACGGCUAUGGCAUGAUGGAUCCCACAGUCAACAUGUACACCGCGAACAACUAUGCCAACGACCUCGGGCCUAACGGCUAUACUGGAUUUAUGAACGGUGGCAACAAUGUCAUCUGA